UCGUGUAUAGCCCCGGUUAUUGACAUGUCUUCUGAAGCUGCUGAAGAUCAAUCCCGUGUGAUUUUAGGAGCUCAAGGAGAGAUGCAGACCAGCCUCAGUGUGGAAGAGGACAGAGAGAAACCGAAGAUCCUCCCGUUCAGCGUUGAAGCUCUGAUGUCAGACCGGAGACCGAGCAGCUCUAUCGCCGGGACAUCACACACUCACACUCCAGAUCGGCCCGGUGUUCGGUUGACUUUAGGAUCCUCAUUUUCGGUGGAUGUUCUAAAACUGCACGAGGACGCGCCGGUAAAGACGGAGAGCACAGAGCUCGUGGAGCGGAGCGCAUGGAUCCAAAAUCCCCGUUUCUCUCCCAGGCGACUCAGUCCUCCCGCGUGCCCUCUGAGAAAACACAAAACCAACCGAAAGCCUCGAACCCCGUUCAGCACGUGUCAGCUGCUGGCGCUCGAGAGGAAGUUCCGUCAGAAACAGUACCUGUCCAUCGCCGAACGGGCCGAGUUCUCCAGCUCGCUGAACCUGACGGAGACUCAGGUGAAGAUCUGGUUCCAGAACCGACGAGCCAAAGCGAAAAGACUGCAGGAGGCCGAACUCGAGAAACUAAAAAUGGCCACCAAACCGAUGUUGCCUCCCGCAUUCGGGAUUUCAUUUCCACUCGGUGCUCACGUGCCCGCCGCAUAUACCGGAUCACAUCAGUUUCACAGACACUCCGUGAGCGUGAGUCCGGUGGGACUGUACACACACAUGGGAUAUAGCAUGUAUCAUUUAGCUUAAGAUGAUUGAGUUUCUCCAUCUGAAUUCUGUUCAGAUAAAAGACGAUCAUUUCAUACGGCCCGUACUUUCACAUAUAGAGUUAUGAAAGCAUCUUUGGUCACAGGUAGGUCAGGUGGACACAGUCGGUAUCUCACACGUGCAUUCGUAGCAAUGCGUUUAUGAUCAAACCUCUUCUUUCAAACUCUCAUGAAUGUCUUAAACUAUAGCAUUUAAAAAAUAAAUGAUUCCCUUCGAAAGGGAUACUCUGAACUGUAAAAUAUUGUACAUUGAUAAAUAAAUGCCAUUUAU